CAUUGUAAGAUUUCGCGAAGGCACGCACCCAAAACUAAGAAUGGAGACCUCAGCCCAUGUGAAACGACCCAUGAAUUGCUUCAUGGUGUGGAGUCGAGAGAAGCGCUACCACAUCCUAAAGGAACACCCUGGAAUUAACAACGCUGAAGUGAGCAAAGCGCUUGGUGCAGCAUGGCGUAAACUGUCUGAAGAAGAUAAAGAACCGUACGUGGAAGAAGCGCGGAGACUGACAGAGCAGCAUAAGAUGGACAACCCUGGAUACAAAUACCAACCAAAGAGACGCAAGCCUAAAAGAAAGCGAAAAACAGAUAAGAAAAUUGUUCCAUCUACGACAUCCUUAAAACAAAUUGACACUCGCAAAUCGUCUAGCGAAAAGAUUCACUUCCCCUUCAAAAUGUGGUCUGAAUCCCACACAUCACUUCUUGAUGAUGUAAGUGGAAGGCCUUCUGUGCUCUUUCCUCCACACCUCAGUGUGUCCUGCUUGCCUCCAACGUUUCAAAAAGGAACCACUCAUGAAUGGUGCUUAUGUCAUAAUCUCUUUCCUGCACCUCACUGCUACCUACCUUGGGCUGGAGGCAUGAGUGAGCAUUUCUAUAAUGUCGAGAGCACUUCCUGCUUUAGAAUAUUUAACUUGCAGGGAAAGCCUCUGAUACGCCACAGAGCGGAUUCUAUUUUCAAUCCAUACAAGAUGUGAUUUUAUAGACUAAAAUGAAUUAUUUGUGUGCUUUUGUUUGCACGAUGGAGUUACGAUUAUCGUCAUGACGUUCAACUUUGCGUGGAAAAGGACUUUGUUUCGAAAAUUUGUUUUCUAACUUCAUCUCAGCACGUAAAUCAAGCACCACGUUUUGUAAUUUAAGGUUACGAGGCUAUUCGUUAAGUAUAAAGUUAAUUUGUCACUUAAUUUAUCUUUCGAGCAUUCUAGAUAGUGGUUGAUUUGAUUGUUCACCGCUCAAGUAAACGCAACCACUGACACUUAAGACGUUUUCAUACAAAUACGCUAAUAGUUGAAUGUACCCACGCCGUAAACAGGAACAUUUUGCAUGACGUUUACCGCAAUGUUUAUCAACUAGAUAUUUAUGAUAUAACUAGUCGUUUCAGGCUUUCUAAUUAUUCUUGAAAUGGUUUCCCCGUGGAGAAGGGCGGGUCCUUGCAUACAUUGUCUUUCUUGAGUAUAUUCAAACCUAGAAAACUAAUUUAUACCAAGUAAAGAGCCUUUGUUAUAAACACAAAUCAUUCAUUAUGUUCUUGGAAGUUCGCCGUUUAAUUCCAUGGUGGCUUUGCGACGGAACGCAAAGUGAAUUGCUUUUA